UGGUGCAAUCACAUUUCACUUGUCAGAAUGAUUCUCUUUUUAUAUGCAUGUGCUUCUGAACACUGACCCCAUAAAACAUUAAGUAUUGGUUAAUUUUUGAUCUUUUUUUUUUCACCUGAUUUUCCCUCCCAAUCGUAUUUGGCUGGGGCAUAAAGAGGAGUGAGCCGGACGGUUCUCACUGUGGCGAUCAUCUUCUUGGAUACCGGAGGAGGACAAACCGAAGAGGUCUCCUGGAAUCUAAGAAUUACAACACCACCUCUUCUCUCAACUUUGGAGCCACCGAUUAUCUGCCUCUUCUCCCAUCACAUCGUCCGCAAUGUCCAUACCGAAGCCAACAACCACGGUCCCUGCUGCCUGCCACUCCCUUGCCGCAGUCUGUUCAGGCUCCAACUGCCUUGUACCUCCCAGUAACUUCAAUGAAAUACUGAGCCUGGUGUUGAGCACAGUGCUGACCAUAAUGCUCGCUAUGGUCAUGUUCUCCAUGGGCUGCACUGUAGAUGCCAAAAAGCUGUGGGGCCACAUCAAGAGACCCUGGGGCAUCGUCAUCGGCUUCCUCUGCCAGUUUGGCAUCAUGCCCUUCACGGCCUUCGCCUUGUCGCUGGCUUUCGGCGUGCUGCCUGUGCAGGCCAUCGUCAUCAUCAUUAUGGGCUGCUGUCCAGGAGGCUCCGGCUCCAACAUCAUCUGCUACUGGCUGGACGGGGACAUGGACCUCAGUAUCAGUAUGACAGCCUGCUCCUCCAUCCUGGCCCUGGGGAUGAUGCCUCUCUGUCUGCUCAUUUACACCUCCAUCUGGACUUCCACCAACACCAUCCAGAUCCCGUAUGACAGUAUUGGCAUCACCCUCGUGGCCCUUCUUAUCCCAAUCACCCUGGGAAUCUAUGUGAAACGCAGGUGGCCUCAUGUGGCUAAAAAGAUCCUGAAGGUGGGGUCCAUUGCAGGCUUUGGUCUCAUCAUCAUCAUAGCUGUGGUUGGAGGGAUUCUCUACCAGUCCUCCUGGACCAUUGCUCCCUCCCUAUGGAUUAUUGGCACCAUCUACCCCUUCAUUGGUUUCGGCCUGGGGUUCAUCCUGGCCCGCUUCGUGGGUCAACCCUGGCACAGAUGUCGGACCAUCGCACUGGAGACCGGUUUCCAGAACUCCCAGUUGUGCAGCACCAUUGUGCAGCUGUCCUUCAGCCCUGCUGAGCUGGAGGUCAUGUUUGCAUUCCCCCUCAUCUACAGCAUCUUCCAGCUGGUGGUGGCAGUCAUAUCUGUGGGAGCCUACCAGGCAUAUAAAAAGUGUGUCCGUGGUUCAGCUGAUGAAGACAGUGAGGCUCCAUCACUGGAGGCCGGUGACGCUGAACCAGCCAAAGAGAAGCGCUACGCUGUGGAGAACAGUGCCUUUGAGUUGGAUGAGAAUGGGAACAGUGGAGAGAAGGGGAAGGACAUUGAUAAGAACACCCAGCUGUGACAUUUCAACCCAGUAAAGACUUUGGACUGUCAGUGGCACUAAUGAAGACAGAGGGCCACAUUUAACUGUGAGCACACACUGCCCUCUGCAGGCUGCAGCUGUGCACUGCAGAGCCGUUUUGCAGGGUUGCCCACGUGUCUUCCCUAGUACGACCAACUGUUAACUACAAGGAGGGGUGAUGACUAUCACACUGCAUUGUUUUAUGUUGAAUUGUUCCACAUACGAUAUGAGACCCCUCUUAAUUUAUUCAUUAAUUUAUUCAUAUAUAUAUAAUUAUUUAAGACAACCGUACACUGCACAGUCUGUCAGGAAUGUUGUUCCCACAUUUUUGUGUCUUAUCAGUGAUUCAAACUGAAUGUUUAAUGUUGUUUAGGUGGAUUAACUGAAUGUCUAUAUACAUACAGCCAAAUACAAAUACAGCAUGUUUAUGUGACAUUCAUGACUAAGGUGAUAGGACGCAGAGUUGUAUCAUAUGAGGACAAUUGUGGGCUUUUCUGACAGUCAGUGUCUCACAGGCAUUGAGUUGUCAAAAACAUUUUAAUGUUUUUUAUGUUUAAAAAGUUCUGUUUUUUAUCCUUAUUCUCUAUUUCUCAUGUAGCAGAUGAAAUCGUGGCUAUUACAGAUGAACUUCGGCAUUUGGGACCUGAUGAAAACUUUCAGCUCCUUUCAGUUACAUACUAAUAGGUACAUAGAAGUAAGGUUGAUAGAUAAGGACAGGAGGACAGGGCUCAUUACAGUUCUGGAAUACUGUAUGUCAGUGGUUUUACAUAUCAGUCCAACUGGAAGACACAGCCAAUAUACUGGGUUUAUUUAUAAUACAUAUUCACUCUUUAGAUAAUUUAUUUAUCCACUGUGCUGUACAAAUGUGACCAACUGAAUUCAGUGUGCUACUAAAGGCAUAUUCCAUAAUAAGUGAUUACUAAUUUACUUUCAGUCUAUUUAACACUUUUCUUGUCUUUUCAUGGAUAUAAAAUAUUUUACAAAACUUCCGUAUGUUCCUAUUUUAGAAAUGUGCUGGCUGAAAGAAUGUAUU